GCCAUGGAAGUGAACAACGCCACGGCCGACAGCCUGUACAACGGCACGAGCGGGGACCUGCUGACCUCCAGCUACGGCCUCGCUCCCAACACCCCCAUCCAUCAGAACGUCAGCCUGCAUCAGGCCUCUCUGGGCAGCUGCUCGCAGGACUUCUCCCUCUUCAGCUCAGAAAUCGAAAGCCCCUCCAUGGCCGGCAGCUCCACCUUGCUCCAGCUGGCACCGGACAACUCCACGGGCCUCAACGCCACCUUUGGCUCCACCACCUUGGGCGGCCUCCUCUUCCCGCCGCUGAACGGCACGGGCAACGAGACGGCCGGGCCCGAGCUGCCCGACCCCCUGGGGGGGCUGCUGGACGAGGCCAUGCUGGAUGAGAUCAGCCUGAUGGACUUGGCCAUCGAAGAAGGGUUCAACCCCGUGCAGGCCUCGCAGCUGGAAGAGGAGUUCGACUCCGACUCAGGGCUUUCUUUAGAUUCUGGUCACAGCCCGGCUUCUCUGAGCAGCUCGGAAGCCUCGUCUUCAUCCUCCUCUUCCUCCUCUUCCUCCUCCUCCUCGUUUUCCGAGGAAGGCGCCGUGGGCUACAGCUCGGACUCGGAGAACGUGGACUUUGAAGAGGCAGAAGGGGCGGUUGGAUACCAGCCAGAGUACAGCAAGUUCUGCCGCAUGAGCUACCAGGACCCGUCUCAGCUCCAUUACUUGCCUUACCUGGAGCACGUCGGCCACAACCACACCUACAACAUGGCACCGGGGACCCUGGAUCCAGAGGAGCCCAAAGCUCCCGGGGCGGGGAAGAAGAGCAGCAAGGAGAAACCCUCUGAAUUCCUGGAUAAACAGAUGAGCCGGGACGAGCACCGAGCCAGAGCCAUGAAAAUCCCCUUCACCAACGACAAGAUCAUCAACCUGCCCGUGGAGGAGUUCAACGAGCUGCUCUCCAAGUACCAGCUGAGCGAGGCUCAGCUCAGCCUCAUCCGUGACAUCCGCAGGCGAGGGAAGAACAAGAUGGCUGCUCAGAACUGUCGCAAGAGGAAGCUGGACACCAUCCUCAACUUGGAACGGGACGUGGAGGACUUGCAACGAGACAAGUCCAAACUGCUCAGGGAGAAGGUGGAAUUCCUCAAAUCCAUCCGUCAGAUGAAACAAAAAGUGCAGAACCUUUACCAAGAAGUGUUCGGGAGGCUGAGGGACGAGAACGGGCAGCCCUACUCCCCCAGCCAGUACGCCCUGCAGUAUGCCAGUGAUGGCAGUGUCAUCUUGAUACCCAGAGCCGUGGCCGACCAGCAGGCCCGGAGGCAGGAGCGCAAGCAGAAGGACCGGAGGAAGUGACCUGGGAGGUGGGAGAGGAGCAGGAUGAGCUCCUGGGAGAGCUGGAGAAGGGCCGAGCCUGGAAGGACUGAGAGGAACUUUCACGCCUUCUUAUCCGAUGUAUCUU